AUGAUAUAUAUAAGAAGAAGUAGUUAUGCUAUGAUGGCUACUACUAAUACUACAACACUGGCGACUGUGACAAUGUUGAUCAUGAUAAUGUUGGCUGUAUCAUCUUCAACAUCAAAUGCAUCACCAACAGCAGCAACAGGAUUGAACAAUGUCAAUGUAGUAAACAGUGAUUAUAACCUCGAACACUUCUAUCGCGGCACUCAUACGAACAACUGGGCGGUGCUCGUCUGCACAUCACGCUUCUGGUUCAACUACAGACACAUUGCCAACGUGCUUGGCUUCUACAGGACUGUCAAGAAGCUUGGUAUCCCCGACUCACAGAUCAUCUUGAUGUUGGCCGAUGAUAUGGCUUGUAACCCUCGUAACUCAUACGCUGGCGUUAUGUUCAACAAUGAGAAUCAUAAGAUUAACUUGUACGGCGACAAUAUCGAGGUGGACUACCGCGGCUACGAGGUCAACGUCGAGAACUUUAUCAGAGUACUGACGGGCAGACACGACCCAGAGGUGUCGCGAUCCAAGCGUCUACUGACAGACGACAAGAGCAACAUCCUGAUCUUCCUGACGGGUCAUGGUGGAGACGAGUUCCUCAAGUUCCAAGACAACGAGGAGAUCUCCUCUCACGACCUCUCUGACGCCUUCAAGCAGAUGUGGGAGAAGAAGCGCUACAAUGAGAUACUGUUCAUGGUCGAUACAUGCCAGGCCAACACCCUGUACAAACGAUUCAACUCGCCAAAUAUCCUGGCCAUUGGUAGCAGCAGACUUGGUGAGAACUCUUACUCGCAUCACUCUGAUCCCGAGCUUGGACUGUCAGUGAUCGAUCGAUUCACAUACAAUACUUUGGAGUUCUUUGAGAAUGUCGAUCCACAUAAUGUGUCACUGUUACAGCUGUUCAACUCGUACGACUUCAAGAGUCUGUUGUCUCACUCUGAGUACAGGAAAGACCUGUUCUCAAGACCUCUCGAUCAAGUACCAGUUACCGAUUUCUUUGGAUCAGUAAUGCGAGCAGACAUCACUCCAUCUAUUGAAGCGCCAAAGACUCCACUGGACAAAUCACUCCAUCAAUCACCAUCAUCCGACACUGCUCAGCAGCGCAUUGAGCAGGCAACAUCUAUCGAAUUGCCAUCUACAACUCAACAGGACAACGCACAGACAUUCAUGAACAGUCGCUUCUUGAUUACGUCGGCAGUGUUUGCAGUACUAUUCAUCGCUCUGUCGUCCUUGUCAGGCACCAGCAAGCGCAACCAUUCAUCG